UCGAUCCAGAAAGCUGUGUUGACAGUCUGCAGGGCGACGGAAGUUGCCUGCAUCCUCAUCAGUAAACUUAUGGGUUUAUUAUAUGCUGAGACACACUAGAGAGGAGGGUUCAGCCUCCAUGUUAACACAGCCCAGCCCCAUCUGCUAUGUCCUCCACCUCCGUGUCCACUGGUUGUGGUGGUGGUGAUGCUGCAGCUGCCAUGGCAACCCAGGCAUCCGAGCAGGCUCUGCUGGCCUCAGACCGCUACGCCAGGCUAAUCCUGGCCCAGAUGAACAAGAUGCGGCUCCGUACCGACUUCUGCGACGUGGGGCUGAAGGUUGGCAGCCGGGUCUUCAGGGUCCACCGACUGGUGCUUGCUGCUAGCAGCCCGUACUUCUCCGCUCUGUUCUCUGGGGGGAUGAGGGAGGCGGAUAAAGAGGAGGUGCAGAUCCUCGGGGUGGAGACUGAAGUCUUUGAGGUUUUGCUGGACUUCAUAUACACAGGCGUGAUCAGUGUGACAGUGGAGAAUGUCCAGGAGCUGAUGGUGGCAGCAGACAUGCUGCAGCUGAACGAGGUGGUGUCUGUCUGUGGAGAGUUUCUCAAGGGCCACAUGGACCCGUCCAACUGUGUGGGCAUAUUUCAGUUCCUGGAGCAGAUUGCUUGCAUGGAAAUGCUGGAGUUCACUGAAAACUACAUCCACGUUCACUUUCUGGAGGUGUGUGUCACAGAUGAGUUCAGAGGCCUAGGGAAGGAUCAGCUUGUGAGGCUGCUGAGAAGUGAAGAGCUAAGAAUCGAGGAUGAGUACCAGGUAUUUACUGCAGCCAUGGACUGGGUUCUCCAAGAUGUGGCAAAGAGGAAAAAACAUGUCGUGGAGGUGUUGGAACCAGUCCGCUUCCCUCUGCUGUCCCCACAGAGACUGUUCAAGUACAUCGAGGGUAUUACAGACUUCAGCCUGCGGGUGGCACUGCAGACUCUGCUGAAGGAAUACACUGAAGUCACAAAGUCUCCCAAAGAAAAUAAGAUGUACAGUCAGCUACAGCCAGCCAAGAUGAGACCCAGACGAAAAGCCAGAAAAUACCUCUAUGCCAUAGGAGGCUACACUCGGCUGCAGGGCGGCCGCUGGAGUGACAGCCGGGCGUUGAGUUGUGUUGAGCGCUUCGACACCUUUAACCAGUACUGGACCACUGUGUCGUCCCUGCACCAGGCUCGCAGCGGGUUGGGGGUCGCGGUACUGGAGGGCAUGAUCUACGUGGUGGGAGGGGAGAAAGACUCGAUGAUUUUUGACUGCACUGAGAGAUACGACCCGGUGACCAAGCAGUGGGCUGCUGUGGCAUCUCUGAACUUUCCGCGCUGUGGAGUUGGCGUCUGCCCCUGCCACGGAGCUCUGUAUGCACUUGGCGGUUGGAUUGGCUCUGAGAUCGGGAAGACCAUGGAGCGAUAUGACCCAGAGGAGAACAAGUGGGAGGUCAUCGGCAGCAUGGCAGUUCCUCGUUACUACUUUGGCUGCUGCGAGCUACAAGGAUUUAUCUAUGUAAUCGGAGGAAUCAGUGACGAAGGAAUGGAGCUGCGUUCAGCUGAGGUGUACGACCCCAUCUCCCGCCGAUGGAGCGCCCUGCCCGUCAUGGUCACACGUCGAGCCUAUGUGGGCGUCGCCUGCCUCAAUAACUGCAUUUACGCAGUGGGUGGCUGGAAUGAGGCGCUGGGUGCACUGGAGACAGUGGAGAAGUACUGUCCAGAAGAGGAGAAAUGGAUCGAGGUGGCCUCAAUGUCGACAGCUCGCGCAGGCGUGUCAGUGUCAGCAGUUAACGGGCUGCUGUAUGCCGUCGGUGGCAGGGCCGCCAGCAGAGACUUCUCUGCCCCGGUGACAGUGGACUCUGUAGAGAUCUACGACCCUCACCUGGACACCUGGACUGAAGUGGGCAACAUGAUCACCAGCCGCUGUGACGGCGGACUGGCUGUGCUCUGAUCACCUGGGACAUCCAAACUGUGAACGUCCAUAUCAUCCCAAACCUACAUGAACUGAAGAAAAGCUGCACCUUAGGAAACACAGAAAUGUGUUUCUGUCUCAAGUAGGCUUUCACAUGAUCAUGUGUUAUUUAUACAUCGAUAAGACAUGUUUUUCUUUUUUUUGUCCAGAACAUUUGACAGUCCUUGAUCAUAUGACAGACUGAAACUGGAAAACUGCCAAAACUGGUUGUACUGUUACACGACUCAUCAUCAUGAAAUACUUUUACAAGAGUAUCCGUGGAAACACUUUUCAAGACAAAGCGAUCCUUGUGAUGAGGAUAUUUUUCACAGCUGAGGAGUUCUAUUUUGGAUGGACCAGAGUUUUUUCUUCAAGUGUGAGAGUCCUAUAGGGAACACAGUGCGAACAGUCCUUGGACAAGAUGUCAAAGCACUUUUUAAAGUUUCUUUUCUCUUUUGUUAAAGGGACAGUUAACCGCAAAAUC